GACAUGAGCGUGGAUCCCACUGGUCACCACAGUCUUCCCUGUUACCAUGAAGCAGAAGUACCAAAUUUUGGGGACUCCUCACCAGUGCCUGAAGUUCAUGGUCCUGAGGAAAUUUAUUCUUGCUUACAAGAGUCUUCCGCUGAGCUGCUUGGAAAAGAGACCGCCUGUCCUUGCCCUUCCUCUGUGGAACUACUUCUUCAGGACAGCCCUGAUUCUUCAACCAGUCCCAAACUAAAGCUCCCCAGUCCUGAGCCUGAAGAGGGCCCUGAGAAGAAGGGACAGGACAAGGUCCACGCAAAGAAGCAGAAAAUCAGAACUGUGUUCUCUGACACCCAGCUGUGUGCACUGAGGGACAGAUUUCAGAAGCAAAAGUACCUCAGCCUCCAGCAGAUGCAAGAACUCUCUGCCAUUCUGAACCUUAGUUAUAAGCAGGUUAAGACCUGGUUCCAAAAUCAGAGAAUGAAAUGUAAGCGGUGGCAGAAAAACCAGUGGCCAAAGACAAACAACAGUAUGACUCAGAAGGGCUCUGCAUUUGUGGAGUACCCCAGCCUCCAUCCCGGCUAUCCACAGGGCUGUCUGAACACAUCUGAAAGCCUUCCAGUGUGGGGCAGCCAGACUUGGACCAACACUUGGAGCAACCAGACCUGGACCAACCCAACUUGGAGCAAACAGGCAUGGAGCAACCAGACCUGGCCUAACUCUGCUUGGAGCAACCAGGCCUGGACCAAUCCAACUUGGAGCAACCAGGUCUGGACCAACCAGCCCUGGUGUUCUCAAGCCUGGAACAAUCAGGCUUGGAACACCUCCUUUGGGGAGGAUUCUCCGCAGUCUUUCAUGCAGUGCCAGCAAAGCCUCCUUGCCAGUGAUAUUGGGUUGAGUUCGGAAGCCGCUGGGGAAGGCCAUUCGUAUCUUAGCACCCCGCAAGGCUUGGAAUUACUCCUGAACUACUCUAUGAAUAUGCCAGGGGAAAUGUGA